AUGAGCUUCACGAUUCAAGUCCUCGUCGGGGCAUUUAUUGUGCUACCAGUUGCUACGUUACUAUAUUCGGUAUUGCACUACUUUAUCGAUACCCAUCAUCUUCGCCGGUUCCCUUCGCCGUCACUGGCGGCUGCAUUCUCACCUUUGUGGAUGAUCUGGCAUAAUGCCUAUGGCAAAAAAUAUCUAGCUCCUGACAUGGCGCACCAAAAACUCGGCCCGGUUCUUCGAGUUGGUCCUAAAACGCUCUCAUUCUCGGGCCCUGAAGCAUAUAAAGAUAUAUAUGGCCAUGGUUCUUCGAUUCUGAAGGACAUCUUCUACGAUAAUUUAGCAAACGGCAAUCCGCCCAUGGGUGAUGCGACAAAUCGACAGUUGCAUUCAAUCAAACGGAAGAAUCUGUCGAGUAUUUUUUCGGCAAAAAAUAUUCUGAGUAUGGAACCUCAAGUGACAAGCUCGGUGGAAGAGCUACUUGCAGCAAUCCGCAUCAAAUUGAACGGGGGAGCUUUAUCAAACAAGGACAAUCACGUGGUUCUAGAGGGCGUCUUUGACAUACAACCUUGGUUGAACAUGUUUUCGUACGAUGUCAUCUCUAAAUUGCUAUGGUCUUCGUCAUAUGGAUUUCUCAAGUGUGGGAGCGACGAAUAUGACAUUGAUUUCUUCUCCUUCUUUCCAACACAAAAGACGAAGAAAUCCCCCAUUCCUAUGGAGUUACCCGAGCUUAUAGCAGAGUGCGGCACUUUUCUCAAUGCAGGCAAGUGA